UUAUAUAUAGGUACCCAAUGAUGCACAAAAAUCUGCUAUUGCUAACCACAUAAUAAUAUUUUUUCCUCGUCGCAUAAUAUUAGAAUAAAAUCUAUUUGGAACUUUUGGCUCCAUUUUUGGCAGUAUCUGGAAAAAUAGCUAAAUGAAAUGAAAUUAACAAAUCAAAAAAUCAAAAAUCUACUAUUACCUGAUAUGUUGCACCAGAUAAUCCGAUUAAUGAAGACAAUAAACACACCAUAUUAAAACGGUCAGUAUUAAAUUCAUUCAUAAGUUUAUAAGCUGGAAGAUAAUCAAGAGCUCUACGGCAACAAAAUGUUUGAAUAGAUGGGUCAGCCAUAUUCUCUAACUAUGGAUAACAUUAAAAUUUAAAAUUAUUUCACUUAACACAAAUAUAUUUACAAAAAUUGAUUAUAAAAAAUUGGUUACAUAACCCAUUAUUUUAUCAGUCAUAUUAACCAAAAUAAUACUAUUUAAUUUGGUAAUUGUCUUACCCUUAAUUCAGUAUUAAAUUUAAUUAAUGAUUAUUGGAAUAGCCAAUAGGUAGCACAAAUAUAAUUUACAUUAAUAAUAUAAAAUCACUAAACAAAAUUUAAAUUUAGUUAUUAAAAAAAAUCAAGAUUACGUAAAUAUUGCAAUUAUUUUUGAUAAUAAUUAACUAAUAACACGAUAUUAAGCGGGAUUACAAAAUUAAUAAAUAUUUAUCUAAAUUAUUAGACGUUAAUAGUUACUAUAGUUAGGUUCAUUGUCUACAUUUAUAAGUCAGAUGUCUGCAGUUACUGGUUACUAGUUAGUAGUACCUUAUCGGCUACUGUUCUAUGACUCCUACGUAUAUUUCUAAGCAUAGAAGCAAAUACUAGAGAUAGUAUUUGAAGUUUGUUUGUAAAUCCUUAUUAAUAUAAUACUGUAUUAUGAUACACGAUAAUAAUUCAUUAAAUUAAAUACCAAUUUGAUUCAAAAUCAUAGAUAUUAUUAUUAUAUUAAAAUACUUCUAGUAAAUCAUAAUUAUAUACUAUAUAACUGAUAGUCCGAGACCUAUAAUAACGGCUACAUCUAAAGAUCAAAACAUUCAAAGCAAAUUAUUAAUCUGAACGUCAAACAUGUAAUUAGUCAAUGGUCUUGAACUUGUCUAUGUUAAGCCCGGUUAGCAAAUCUUGGAUGUUUUUAUUUUAGGUUAUAUUCACAAUUGUUAUCAAAAUUUUAGGACACGUGGGAUUAUCAAAACAUUUAAAUCGUAAUUAUGUUUAUGAUAAACCACUGAUAUAAGCCACAUACUUUAAGAUAUUUUUAUAGUUGUUUUUCGAAAAUGACUCGUUUAAUAAUAAAAAAUUUACCUAAAGCUGUAAGUCACGCUGGUUUAUGAUGAAUUAAUAAUAACGUUGUUUAAUAGCUGUAAUAUUAUUUGUAGAUAACCGAGGAUAAAUUAAAAGAAACGUUUAGCCAUAAAGGAGUUAUUACAGAUGUCCAGCUAAAAUACACAAAAGACGGAAAAUUUCGGAAUUUCGCUUUUAUUGGCUUUCAAAAUGAAGAAGAAGCUAAAGCAGCUCAAGAAUAUUUCAAUAAUACUUUUCUCAAUUCUUCACGUAUACAAGUAGAACAAUGUAAUCAAUUAGGUAAAUACUAAACAAUUAUUUUUAUAAAUAUGGAUAAUGGAUAAUAUGAUAUUUGAUUAUAUAGAUUCAUAUGAGUAUUAAUACAAAUUUUUGAUUUUCUUUAUUUCAUAAAAAUCCUUUUAAUUUGUUUUAUAUGUAUAUAUAUAUUUAUAUAUAUGUAUAUUUUUAGGAGAUAAAAAUAAGCCAAAAUCAUGGAGUAAGUAUGCACCUGACAGUAAUGCUUAUAAAAAACAACAUAAUACUCUUAAAUCUGAAGAAGUUAUUAAAGAUGAACUUAAGAAAAAAAAAAAAAGUAAACUAAAACCUGAAGUAGAAGAACAACUAAAAAAGGUACACAUUGUUUUAAGUAUUAUAUACAAUUUAGUUUUUAUCAAUAUUACUUACUGUUAAUAACAAUACUAAAUAAAUACAAAAUUGUUUAGCACUUAAAUGAUCCUAUGUUUACUGAAUUUUUGGAAGUUCACGGACAAGAAAAAAUUCUUAAUGAUAUUAAAGAUGAAGAUGAAAUUGAAGCUGAAAAGUCAGCCUCUCAAGAAAAAGCAGAUGAAGAACCCACAAACAAUAUUGCUAAUGCUGAUAUAUCUGACUUUGAAGUAUGUCAUUUUUUAUUAAUGUUAUAACAUGGUUUUUUGGUUUAUUCCUAUGACAAUAAUAACGAAGACUAUAAAACUUCUAGAUUUCAUAAUAAUAACUUUUUGCUUGUUAUAUUUAUAAUUAAUACAGUGCACUUAAGAAUAAUUAUAUUUUUACCAUCAACCUUGUUUUCAUAAUAGUAAAAUCUCUAAAUUUUUAAAGGUGUGACUUGUUAGAGAUUGAAUACUAAUAAUUUAUAACUGUAUACAAAUAAAAAUUAUCUUUUAUUCCAUUAAUCAGAAAUUUAAAAUUAUUUAAGUUUAUAAACUCCUAGUGUAAGAUAUUUAUGUACAACAUUGAUUUUCAAAAAAAAAUGUUUUUUUUUUUCAAAUGUAUGACAAAAAAUUAUUUUAUUUCAGUUUUUUUUAAAAAAAUGUCAAUGAUUUAAUAAUUACAGGAAAAAAAAAAUUAAAAUUAGAAUACUCUUAUUAUUAAAAAAAAUUUAAAAUCGUAACUAGUAAAAUAAUUACAUUGGCUAGAAUAAUUAUGAACAUAUUGUAUGUAUAAUGUAUGAAAUAAUAUUUUUUAGUAUUUAAAAAUAAAAAGUGGGAAAAAAUCUGUAACUGAAGUGUCAAUAAAGCCAAGAGUUAAAACAGAAUAUAAUACAAUUGUAAUUCGUGGUUUACCAUGCAAAGUGAAAAAAGCCAUGUUAAAAGAUUAUUUUAAACCACUGAAACUAGAUUCUAUACGUAUACCUCGUCAGUUUAAAGGCGUAGCUUAUAUUGGUUUUAAAAAAAAAAGUGAUGCUGAACAAUGUCUUCUUAAAAACAAAAGUUUCUUAAGUAUAUGAAAAUAGUUCAUGAACUAUUGUAAGUAGGAUAUAAUUGUGAUUUGUUAAUUUCAGAUGGAAAACGAAUACUAUUAUAUUCUAUGAAAAAUGAAAAUGAUAUAACACUAGAAAAUAAUCACCAUAAUGAAAGGAAUCCUGAUUGGGAAAAACAAACUGAUAGUUUGAUUCACGAAGAAAGUAUUGCAGAAUCUGGUCGUAUUUUUGUUCGAAAUUUACCUUUUAUAACUACAGAAGAAGAAUUACAAAUAUUGUUUGAAAAAUAUGGUAAUUUUAUCCUACAAACUUAAAGUCAACAAAAUAAAUAUCAAACAAUUUCAAACACAUGCUUACUUAUAUUUUAUUCAGGCCCUGUUACUGAAGUUAUAAUUCCUGUUGAUAAAAUUUCCCGUCAAGUCAAAGGAUACGGUUUAAUUACAUAUCUUAUGCCUGAACAUGCUGUUAAAGCAUAUACUGAAUUAGAUGGUACAAUAUUUCACGGGCGAAUGAUGCAUUUAUUACCUGGAAAGGCUAAAGUUAAUGUUGAAGAUGGUAAUAGUCUAUUAUUUCAAUUAAUAAUAAAUUGUGUUUAGGUUUAAAUUAAUACAUUAUAUUAAAUAAUAUUUCUAACUAUAUUUUUAGAAACAAUCAAUGAAGGCAGUUCAUUCAAAAAGAAAAAAAUGGCAAAACUGAAAUCUGAAGCUGGACUAUCUCAUAACUGGAAUAGUCUAUUUUUAGGCCAAAAUGCAGUUGCUGACAUUAUCGCUAAGACUUAUAAUACUACUAAAGAAAAUGUAAACUACAUAAAAUGUAUUAUUUUUAUUUUAAGUAACUUAUUUUAUUUAUAUUGGUAGGUACUUACUGGUGAUAGUGCUGCUGUGAGAUUAGCUCUUGGUGAAUCACAAAUAGUUUCUGAUACAAAAACUUACCUCGAAAAUCAUGGUGUUAAAUUAGAUAUCUUUAAUCAAGUAAAUUUUACAUAACUUUAAUUGUGUUUAUUAUAUGUACAAUUUAUUAUUUUUUUAAAUUUUUUAGACAGUUCUAAAUCGAAGUAAAAAUGUGAUAUUGGUUAAAAAUUUACCAGCAAACACAACUGAACUGGAAAUAAAAGAUAUUUUUUCAAAGUAUGGCUUAGUGAAUAGAGUUGUGUUACCACCAAGUGGAGUUACAGGUAAUUUAUCACUAAAUUUAUUUUAUUAAUAUAUAUCAACUUUAAAAGUGCUAUGAUUUUAUAGGUUUAAUAGAAUUUGUACAGAAUUCUGAAGCGAAAACCGCAUUUCGUCAACUUGCAUAUUCUAAAUUCAAACAUCUACCACUUUAUUUAGAAUGGGCACCAGAUAAAGUUUUCUCACAUGUUCCAGAAAAUAAAAAUGGUGAAAUGUUUUAAAUAGUUUUUUUUUUUAAGGUUUAAAUUCUUAAUAUUUAUUUUUUUUUUCUUCAGUUGAAAAUGACUUAAAUCUAAGCAAAACAAAACUUGAAAAUGAUAUUGAUGAACCUGAAUUAGAUACUACAUUAUUUAUUAAAAACAUUAAUUUCAGUACUACAGAAGAAAAUAUUACAAAAGUAAUUUAUAAAAUUAAAUAUAAAGUUGGCUAUUUCAUUAUUAGAUUUUAAUUUUAGCAUUUUGAAUCAUGUGGAAAAAUUGCCAAUGUUACAAUUGCUCGAAGAAAAGACCCUAAUCAACCAGGACAACUUUUAUCAAUGGGCUAUGGUUUCAUUCAGUUUUAUCGCCAGAAAUCACUUAAUGAUGCAUUAAAAUCCAAGCAAUUUUCAAUGUUAGAUGAUCAUUCAAUUGAACUUAAAAGAUCAAACAGAACACUACAGUUAGUAAAAUGUGGAAUUUAAAUUAUUUGUAUUAUUUUCAUAUUAAUUUAUUGUGUAUAGAAGUACUACAGUUGUAGAUCGAAAACAGAGUAAAUCAUAUGAAGAAAGUACAAAACUGCUUGUAAGGAAUAUACCAUUCCAAGCUAGCUAUAAAGAAGUCGUUGAAUUGUUUAAGUAAGUUGUUUUGUAUAAAUUGUCAUAGAAUGAAAAUGAAAUGUUCUGUUAUUUAUUUUUAGAACUUUUGGAGAGUUAAAAGGACUGAGGAUGCCUAAAAAAAUGGUUGGGACUGGUACUCAUCGAGGGUUCGCAUUUGUUGAGUACAAUUCUAAAACUGAUGCUAAAGCAGCUAUGGAGUCCUUGUGUCAGAGUACUCAUUUAUACGGUAGACGAUUGGUAUUAGAAUGGGCACAGGCAGGUGAAAAUCUUGAUGAAAUGCGUAAACGUACUUCUGACCAAUACCAGUCAUUAGGAGGUAAAUUUGAACAACUAUAUUAUAAUAUGUUAUAUAAAUUCUGUCUUCAUAAGCAAAAAUGCCGUGAGCUACUAGGGCAUUGUUUACCAAAAGGGCGGGCUGAACACAUUAUUUACUAAGGAGGCAGUAGAAGCAGACAAAAUUUGUAUUUAUUAAAUUAUUUUUAUUUUACAAUGUAGGGAAAAGAUUAAAAGUAAAUAACUAUUGGUUAUCAGGUAUCAUUGGCAGCAAAUGCCCGGGUGGUUAAUUUGUAUAAAGAUACAAUUUAUGUGAAUAUUAUAUUAUUGGAAUCUUUGUUAUUGAAUUUUUUUUUUUUGCUCAGAAUGCUGUUAAGAGGUAGGGGUGUGAGAUUUAAUUUUAAAAAGAGGCGUAGAAUAAAUAAAGUUGGGAACCACUGCACUACAGAAUAUUUUUGUGAGAAACGUGCUUUUAUAUUUGCAUUUUUUAAAAUUCAUAACAUCCCAUAAAAUUUACUUCUUAAAGUAUGUUACAGAUUUUAAAAUAUAAUUGUACUUGAUAAAUUCAAUGGAAUAAAAUUAAAUAUCAAUAAUAAGUUUUGAAAUACUUAUCCAACUUCUUGUAUUAUAAAUAUAUUUAUAAUUUCUAUUAUUACUAUUAUAUUUUGAUAAUUUAUUGGUUAUACAUGUAUUUUACACAUAUCAUAUUGUUAAAAACAAAACCAUAAUUUGUACUCAGUAUAGGUGUCUCAAAUUAUUAUUUUUAUUUUAUAUAUUGAUGAAGAUACAGUAGCAUCAUUAGCACAUAGUUAUUAUAUAGUAUUUUUUAUAAAUUACUAACAGUUUCUUUGUAAGACAAUAUUUUAGAUACAUUGCAUAUUGAUCUGAAAGGUCUGAAUGUUUUUUUUUUUUUUUUUUUAUGUGAAUUCAACUGAUUUUUCAAUUUUUUUGAUCUUAUGGUAUUUUUGCUUUUGGUGAUAGUAUUUACAGAGUUUACAAGGUUGAAAUAUUGAUAGUUAAAACAAUUAUAUUAAAAAUAUAGAUUAACAUUAAAAUUAUAUUUUUCUUAGGAGUGAAAAAACACUGUAAAAGUGUUGCUGAUAUACCAAUUGAAGAAGAUGAAAAUAAAAAUCUUUGAAAUCGAAAAUUGAAAAAAAAUAAAAUUAUUUUAUUAAAAUUAAAUUAUUUAAAAAUUAGUGUUUUGUAAAUGUUCUCAUUUUUCCUAUUAACAGACAAAAAUAAAGUUCAAAAAUGUAAAAAAAAAAUCCUGAUUAAAAUAUAUUCAGAAUAUAUAAUAUAUUAGAAUAUUUGAUUGGAAAGUAUUUAUAAUAGUAUUUGAAUAUUGACACUUACAACACUAUAUGCAAACUAAUAACUAUUACUAUUGGAAUUUCAGCAUUAGCAAACCUCUAUAUUCACUUUUGGACAUAAAAAAAAAAAAUUGAUUGAUUUCUAGUUUCCCGUAGUGCAUGCGUUAGUUACAUGGUAUAGUUAUAGUGUAUUUGAUUACAGAAUAUUGAUAUUUAGUAAAUACAAAUAUUGAUAAGUCAUACAUUAUUAAUUAUUUACGUAAUAUAAAUUACAUUUCAUUGUUUUUAAUUUAUUUAUACACCUACUUAAUUUGAAGUACCAUUAUUCCUAAUUUAAAAUAUCUGUAAACAAAUUUGACUUUCCAAAUAUUUUUAAUUUUUAGUUAUUUGCUUAUUUUUAAUUCAUAUCUUUUCUAAAAUGGAUUUUUUUUAUAUAAAUUGUUUAUAGUUAUUUAGAAAUAUAUAACAAUAUAGGCAAGGAAAUAGUUACAUAAUUUAUGGCAUUUUACUGCUGGGUAUCAACCAAAGACCACCGAGAAAUUUCCUGAUGGGCCAGUCUUUGUGUGGAGGCCGCUAUAUUAUUAUGUAAUUUAUAAAAUAAUAUAAAUGGUUUUUUAAUUGUAUUCUUUUGAAUGUCGUUAAUACUUAUGGUUUUAGUAUUUUACAAUAGUAUUAGGUACCUAUGCUUACAGAGACGAUUAAUUGAAAAAUAAGCGAUACUGUAAAUAAUACUUAGGGAACUUAUGUUAUCAACUAUAGGUUUGGGUAUUUAAUACUUUAAACAUUCAUUUUUUUCAUUUGAAAUAAACCUAUUGUAUGA